AUGAACCUUGAUGGAUUGAACCCACGCCAAGUCUGUCGGCUAAUGCUGCUUGCCAUGGACGUGCCGGGGCCAUCUGAAGUGGUCCAGGCCAGCCCAUCCCAGCCGCCCUCCUCCAGUGCAUCAGAGGGUCAUCAGCAGCCCGCCAGCGAAAUGCUGCCGCCGGCCCAGCACUCAUUGCCUGCUUCAUCUCCCAUAACCACUAGUAGCGCACCGGGCAUGCAGACCGUGCUGGCCCAGGUUGCAGACUUCAACCAGGUGCCCCAGGGCCUUGUGUUAGCAGCCGAGCAGUACCUCCUAGCAUCCGAACGAGGGGUGCAAGGAGGGAGGCCCGCACCACAUGGGGCGGUUGUUCAAGAAGGGACUGAGAAAAGCGGGGCCACCGCACAGCCCGUGCGCAACACGCCUGCUUCCAUGGCCACAGGCCUUCCAAGUGCUGCGCCAGGGACCUCCUCUGAGAAAGGAAGUGGCACAGCCCGUCAUGUCAGCGCCGCUGUUCAAACAGGCCCACCAACAGCUGCAAGCGCAGGCGUGCAAGCAGGAGGGGGGCUGCAACCGAUCAUGUCUGAAGCCCCCACUCAGUACCCUGCCACUGCAUCACGCUCUGCCGGCAUUGCCCGGCCCCAGCUGAUCUUGCCGCGGCCCCCAACGCCGCGCUCGGUGGGGCUUCCAACUGCCAGCCCAAGAUUCUUUCUGCCAUCAGGCGCUGCCGUCACUGUGACCACCACUCAUGGCGCGCAUCAGCCACAGGGGCGCCAUCCAGGGCAUCCGCGCGGUGGCCCAAACGCUUCUAACGCUGGUCAUCCCCCCACAGUGUUUCGCAUUGAGCUUAAUGCAAACGCCCCUCCCCGCACCCCUGCUCUGUCCCCCUUGGGAACUCAACCGACCCCUGGGGGCCCCUCUCAACAGUGGGGCGGGCCUGCCGUAACUUCGCUGGGAGGGAAUGCAAGCAGUGGCCCGGUGCCAGGGGCCUUGCAGCCGGGACAGUCAGGGGGCUUGGGCGGGCUUUGGGGCUCUCAGACGCCCCUGUCACAGGGUCCACCCGGUGACUGGCCCUCAGGCCCUGAGUCCAGCGAUGGUAGCGCUAGGCAGGCGCUUGGACCAGAAAGCCUUCCAGCCCUCUACUCUCCACUGUCGUCACCGUACGGCGCGCCCUCUUUCAGGGACUUCAAGAGCCCCCGGGGCGGGUCGACAUUGAGAGCAAGGGGCCGGGGUCGUGGCCGGGGUGGCAGGGGGCGGAGGGGUCCGGAAGACGGCGGCUUCUUUGGUUCUGCGCUCUCUCCCGGGUUUUUGCUGGCGUCCACGAACGCAAUCCAGGAGGCAGUGCAGCGCACGGUGGCGGGGAUGACCCCCGAGCAGAUCCGGCAGGUCGCGCGCCUGUACGGUGUCACAGGGGACACCGUGGACAUGCCGUCGCCCAACACCGUCGUCUCACACAUGGUCAACGUCUUCAGCACCUCCGCGGACGCACUUGCCCGCGGGGCGGGGCAGCACCCGCAGGACCCCACCAGGAGAGUGGAGGAGCAGCGGCCGCAGGGGCAGCCAGCUGACGGGGAGGCCGCGAAGAAGGAUGAGGGGCCCAAGGACGAAAAUGCUGAGCCCAAGAUCGGCGCGGACGUCGAGCUGUUUGUGAGCGAGGCGCUCGUGGAGCCCAAGGGCGCCGAGGAGGCUGCGGUCGGGCCGGCGACACCAGCACUCAGGCCUGCCACGGAAAUGACCGCAGCGGGCACAGCCAUGGGGCCAGCGGAGGGGGCUGGGAAUUCUGCCGUCGGUGCUCCUCCAAACACUGACAGCGCUGCACAGCCCCAAGCUAGCGCUGCACAAGCCUCCGCCCUUGUCUCUCCACCCCCUGUCAGCACCACACAUACGGCAGUCAGCCGGGGGCAGAUCUUACGAGGAGACGCUCCGGCUGUAUCUGGUCCAGCACCAGGCGUUGGCGGGGCUGCCGCUGCCCCGGGAAGUGCGGCACCGGAGGCCGUGAAGAUGCCUCCCAAGCCGCGCGUCCAGGUGCCCACGACCGUGGCGGAGCCCACGGACAACCUGACCCCGCGCACAGUGCUCUUAGAGCGGGCGCCCACGCCUCCCAGCACAGGCCCGUAUGCGGGGACUCCGACGGUGCGGCCGCAGAGGGAGGGCGAGUCGGCGCUGGAGAGCCUGUUCCCGGCCAGCCGGUACGUGGUGCAGGAGGCGAUGCAGAAGGCGGUACAGGGCAUCCAGCAGGACCACUCCGCGGUCAUGGGGCGGGCCAUGAUGGCAGGCAACCUGGGGCUGGUCCAAGCAGCGGUGGCCACUGCGGAGGCGCGCCUGACGGCCGUGUUCAACAUCGCGGUCAAAGAGAUUGCGGAGCAGAUUGGGCGCGAGGCGGCCGCACGCGUCAUCUCUGCGGAGAACCGCGCGGCGCAGGCGGACCGCAUGCUCAAGGACACCAAGGAGCAGGCCAUGGCCAUGAUCAAGCGCAUCCAGGACAGCUUCCAGAGGAGGCUGGCCCAGGUGGAGGCUCGCGCAGCAAUGGAGCUCAAGAAGGCCACUAAGAAGAAGCGCGUCCGGGCAGCGGCCGCACCAGCCCCUGCCGCGGAUGCUCAAGAGACAGCGGCCAAAGCGGGGGACACGGCUGCAGUCCAAGAGAAGAGCAAGCCCUUGAACGUUAAUGCCGCGGUCCCUGAAACGCCGGUGGAGCAGGAGAAGGAGGAGCGAGUGGCUGCGCCGGCGAAAGCAGGGCCUCCACCUGAGCUGGUGGAGGCUCCAACCGGGGCUUUGAAGAAAGCCGCGGUUGCCUCACCCGCCGCCCCCAGACGGGCCGCUGUUCCUGCCAAGCGCAAGAAGCGGACGUUGGCGGAGGACGAGCCCAUCUCGAAGCUGCGCAAGCUGCUCUCCGCACGGGCCAAGCCCGCGAAGCCACGCCCGCGGCCACGCCCCCCGCGGCCGGGCCUGGAGAUUUUGCGCAAGGAGCCCAAGCUGGGGCUACUCAGCGUGGUGGCGGAGGUGAUGGACAGCGAGGACGAGGGGCCGCCCCCGCCCAGGCCCGCACCCAAGCCCAGCACCAAACCCGACAAGAAGGGGAGCACGGGGACGAAGACUGCCAAGGCCGGAGCGUCUAGAAAGGGGGGAGCGGCAGUGAAGGCGAUCGCAAAGAGUGGGGUCAAGAAGGCGGCCAAGAAAGGGCCGAAGGGUGCGCGCCCCGUGGGGCCGGCCGACGCCCCGUCCGAAACGGAGUCGGACGAAGAGACGGUGCCGAUCGCGCGGCGGAAGAAGCUGGUGUCGCAGGACAGCGCGCUCAAGGCCGGCACGCCGGUCGGGAAAUCGCCUCAGGCGCCCGGGCGAGCAGGCAGCGCGGCGGCGGCAGACGAGGACACCCCGGUGGUGCGGCUGACCAAGCUGCCGGCGGGGCUGGAGCAGGCCAUGGCGGCGCGCGCGGCGGAUAAGGAGCAGGGGGGGAAGAAAGGGGAGGCUAAGAGGGGACAGGAGCAGGGGGCGGAGAGCGAGGCGACGGUGGUCGAGCUGGUCGACCAGGGCGGGGACGAGGCAACCAGCCCCACCGGGAAGAAAACCCCUCAGAACAAGCUGUCCAUGCGCAAGCCUGCGAAAACCCCGCCUGGCAAGGCGGGCAGUGGGGCGGCCAAGCGGCCUCGGCAGCAGGCCGAGUCUGCUCCGGAGCCCCCCGCCAAGGUCGCGCGCACCACCCGGCAGGACGCGGCCGUGGGUCGGACCAAGAGCGGCCGCAAGACGACGUCCGUCUUCGUGCGGCAGUCCGCCCGCAACCUGGACUCCGAGAUGGACACCAGGAACAAGCGGCGCCUCAUGCAGGGGGCCAGGCAGCUGCUUGCUAUGGCGAAAAUGCGGAGGUGAUCUUAUCGUGGAGGGGAGGGUUUUGUGUCUAGUAUCUUCUUAGAAGGUCCAGUGUCGCCGUUAGUAAGUCCUGUCGCUGCUAGUAAGUCGCGUCCAGUGUCAUGGGUUAGUCAUGAUCGUAUCUAGACGUCCAGAAAGCACACAUACAAACACAAAUCAGGUUCGCCAUUCGAGCCGACACUUAGAAGUGAGUCGAACAUUCAAAGACGAAGUCUUCUCCAUUGACAUCGUGGUGUCAAGGAACAGUACGUUGCUAGCGCAGUCCGCAUCCAGAAUGUGGAUGCUCGGAGAUCGUAUGACCUGUCAGAAGUUGCAAGGCGUUCAUGCGGUGCAUGCUUGACAAACAAACUAUAUGUGUGUCCAGUUUUUGCAUUAGGCACAUCCGUGCGUAACACCCUGCAUAAUACUAUAUUCCCUCAUGUGCAAGUCGAAUCGUAGGACUUUCCGAU